UGUGUGUGUGUGUUUUUUGUGUGCUUGUUUGUGUGAUUGUGUGUUUCUGUGUGUGGGGGUUUGUGUAUGUGUGUGCGUGUGUGUGAGUUAUGUAUGUGUGUGUGUGUGUGUGUUUGUGUGUGUGUGUGUGUUUGUGUGUGGGUGUGUGUGUGUGUGUCUCCACCCGCCCCCACCCCCCCUCCCCGCCGUAUAUAACAUCUACCUGAGUGAAUCGACAGUUUAGGUGAGAGAUGGAGGUCUGACUUUCAUGUGGUGUGAAGACGGCCAAGACAAAACAAAACGCUUUGGAUUCUUCAUCUUUCUUCAGGCAAGCUUUCAUUUCCUCUGCACCUUGACCAAGUAUUUUGCGCGCCAAAAAAAAAAAAAAAAAAAGCGAGCGGGCAAGAAGAGGAGGAGGAGUAGGAAGAUGAGCGGCGCGAGCCCCACCUUCAUCUCGUGCACGGCGGCGCGGCAUCCUCACAACUGCACGCCGGAGCACGCGCACGUGCGGACCGCCGUCGGUUUGGUGUCGGACUUGUACCGGCCCGCCGCCGCCCACGCCUCCCACACCGCCCACACCGCCCACACCGCCCAGGCGGCGAUGGCGCCCAAAAGCCCGCUGGCCUUCCCCACGGUGGACGUCCCUGACCACGCCCACUACACCAUCGGCUCCGUCAUCCUGGUCAUCGGCAUCACAGGCAUGCUGGGAAACUUCCUGGUCAUCUACGCCUUCAGCAAGAGCCGCAGCCUGCGAACACCCGCCAACAUGUUCAUCAUCAACUUGGCUGUCACUGACCUGCUGAUGUGUGUCACUCAGUCACCCAUCUUCUUCGUCAGCAGCAUGCACAAGAAGUGGAUCUUUGGGGAGAAAGCGUGCGAGCUGUACGCCUUCUGCGGCGCUGUGUUCGGCAUCUGCUCCAUGAUCACUCUGACGGUGAUCGCCGUGGACCGUUACUUCGUCAUCACGCGACCUCUCACCUCCAUCGGCGUGUUGUCUCGCAAGCGGGCGCUGAUCAUCCUGGCGGCGGCGUGGACGUACUCGCUGGGGUGGAGCCUGCCGCCCUUCUUUGGCUGGAGUGCGUACGUGCCUGAGGGUCUGCUGACGUCGUGCACCUGGGACUACAUGACCUUCACGGCGUCUGUGCGGGCGUACACCAUGCUGCUCUUCAUCUUUGUCUUCUUCCUGCCGCUCCUCGUCAUCAUCUACUGCUACGUCUUCAUCUUCAGAGCCAUACGCUCCACCAACCGGGCUGUGGGCAAGAUGAACGGCAGCGUGCGCUCUCACGCGUCGGCGCGGGACUCGGCGAAGACGUUCCAGCGGCUGCAGAACGAGUGGAAAAUGGCCAAGAUCGCGCUGAUCGUCAUCCUGCUCUACGUGGUCUCGUGGUCGCCGUACUCCGCCGUCGCCCUCACUGCCUUCGCCGGGUACGCCGACAUGCUGACGCCCUACAUGAACUCGGUGCCCGCCGUCAUCGCCAAGGCCUCCGCCAUCCACAACCCCAUCAUCUACGCCAUCACGCAUCCCAAGUACAGGGUGGCGUUGGCCAAGUACAUCCCGUGUCUCGGCGUCCUGCUGUGCGUGCGUCCUCACGACAUGCGCUCUGCCAGCAGCAGCUUCAUUUCCACGCGGCGCUCCACCGUCACCAGCCAGUCGUCCGACAUCAGCGCCCAGUUCCGCCGCCGCAGCAAGAGUCGCCUCUCGUCCGUCUCCGAUAGCGAAUCGGGGCUGACGGACACCGAGGCCGACCUGCCCAGUCUGGGCUCUCGACCCGCCAGCCGCCAAGUGUCUUGUGACAUCAGCAGGGACACGGAAGACUUUACAGAAUUCAAACCUUCUUCCAGCUUCAAGAGCAAGAUGAAAAGUCACGACUCGGGAAUCUUCGACAAGACGUCCUUCGACACAGACAUCUCCACCAUCGGAGUCGGCCCCAUUCCUAACAACGCUGACUCGGCACAAGGUCAUGUGACCAGAAGUGCGCUGGGUCGCAUCCCGAGCAUCGUCAUCACCUCUGAGUCCAGCCCCUUCCUUCCCGUUGGCCGAAGCAGCUCACGCUCCGUCCGCGGCAAGGCCACCUACAGCUGCACGGGGGCGGGGUCGGCUUAGAGACACGCCUCUUUCCUAUUUGCAUGUCACGAGCCAACGUCCAAUCAGAAUCAUCUCAAACACAAAUACUGUGUCUCAAAAACAAUACUUUCAUCAGUACACUUCAGUAAGUAUACUGUGUACACUGUGUACUUGGUUCCUGGAGUCCCCUUAAUUUAUCGAGCAGCUAUAGAACUAUAAAAGGAUAUUGCUGCAUUGACAAUAUGCUUAAUAUUUUUAUUUCUGACAGACUAAAUAUGUCGACACACAUUUUUGUCCAUAUUGGUACAUAUUUUUCCAGAUGUAUGAAAUGAAGAUACAAAAUGCAGAACAGUUUUAGUCUUGAUGAAUCACACUGCAAGUGCUGAAUAAUUAUAAUUGCAUUCUCCUCCCAGUAUUGUGUGCGUUCUGAUGAGCAGCAUAUAUUCUGCUCACUGAACCCUCUGCUCACAAGUUUAGUAGAUGAGUUGUCUGUGCUAUCAAACUUUGCCUGUGCUUUAGUAUACAUAAACCUUUAGUAGAUCAGGCCCUAAGUAUAAGUACACUAGUGUAAAAGUUUAAGCACACAAGUGCAACACACUUGUUCACUAAAAAUACCAAGUCUAAGUACACAACUGCAACACACUUAUACACUAAAAUACUAAGUGUAAGUACUCAACUGUUACAUACUAAUUCACUCAAAAGACUAAGUAUAAGUACACAAAUGUAACACACGUAUGCACUUAAAGACUAAGUAUAAAUACACAAGUGUAACAAACUUAGGCACUUAAAAAUUAUAUAAAUAUACAAAUGUAACACACCAAUUCACUCAAUUUACCAAGUGUAAGUACAGAAAUUUAAUAAACACACAAGUGAAGCACACUCAUGGACUUAAAGACUAAGUGUAGGUACACAAGUGUAACACACUUGUGCACUUAAAUACUAAGCAUAAGUACGCAGACGUAACAAACUUAUGCACUUUGAUACGAAGCAAACGUACACAAGUGUAACAAACUGUGUUAAAUACUAAGUAUAAGUACAGAAUUGUGAGACACUUGUGUACUAAAAACACUAAGUGUAAGUACACAGGUGUAAUACACUUAUGCACUUAAAGACUAAGUAUAAGUACACAAAUGUAAGACACUUGUGCACUAAAAACACUAAGUGUAAGUACACAAGUGUAACACACCUAUGCACUUAAAGACUAGGUAUAAGUACACAAAUUUAACACACAUAUUGACUAAAAAGACUAAAUGUAAGAACACAAGUGCAACACACUUAUGCACUAAAAAGACAAAGUGUAAGUACACAAGUGUAACACACUUAUGCACUAAAAAGACAAAGUGUAAGUACACAAGUGUAACACACUUAUGCACCAAAAAGACUAAGUGUAAGUGCACAAGUAUAACACCCUUAUGCACUAAAAAGACAAAGUGUAAGUACACAAGUGUAACACACGUGUGCACUAAAAAGACAAAAUGUAAAUGCACAAGUGUAACACACUUAUGCUCUUAAAAGACUAAGUGUAAGUACACAAGUCUAACAAACUUAUACACUAAAAAGACAAAGUGUAAGUAGACAAGUGUAACACACUUAUGCACUAAAAAGGCAAAGUGUAAAAUACACAAGUGUAACACACUUGUGCUCUUAAAAGUCUUAAGUGUAAGUACACAACUGUUAAAAGACUAAGUGUAAGUACACAAGUCUAACACACUUAUACACUAAAAAGACAAAGUGUAAGAACUCAAGUGUAACACACUUAUGCACUUAAAUACUAAGUUUAAGUACACAAGUGUAAAACCCUUAUACACUAAAAAGACUAAGUGUAAGUACACAAGUGUAACACACUUAUGCUCUUAAAAGACUAAGUUUAAGUACACAAGUCUAUCACACUUAUACACUAAAAAGACUUGAGUGUAAGUAAUCAAGUGCAACACACUUAUGGACUAAAAAAACAACGUGUAAAUACACAGGUGUAGCACACUUAUGCACUUAAAGACUAAGUAUAAGUACACAAGUAAAACACACCUAUGCACGUAAAGACUAAGUGUAAGUACACAAAUAAAACACGUAUGCACUAAAAAGACAAAGUGUAAAUACACAAGUGUAACACACUUAUGCUCUUAAAAGACUAAUUGUAAGUACUCAACUCUUAAAAGACUAAGUGUAAGUACACAAGUCUAGCACACUUAUACACAAAGAAGACAAAGUGUAAGAACUCAAGUGUAACAGACUAAGGGUAAGUACACAAGUGUAACACAUUUAUACCCUAAAAAGACAAAGUGUAAGUACAAAAGUGUAACACACAUAUGCACUUAAAGACUAAGGGUAUGUACACAAAGGUACCACACUUAUGCACUUAAAUACUAAGUGUAAGUACACAAGUGUAACACACUUAUGCACUUAAAGACUAAGUGUAAGUACACAAGUGUAACACACCUAUGCACCUAAAAGCCAGUGGAAGUACACAAGUGUAACACACCUAUGCACUUAAAGACCAAGUAUAAGUACACAAGUUUAACGCACUUAUUCACUAAAAAGACUGAGUAAGUACACAAGUGUAACACACGUAUGCACUAAAAAGACAAAGUGUGCGUACACAAGUGUAACACACUUAUGCUCCUAAAAGACUAAUUGUAAGUACCCAACUCUUAAAAGACUAAGUAUAAGUACAAAAGUCUAGCACACUUAUACACAAAGACGACAAAGUGUAAGAACUCAAGUGUAACAGACUAAGGAUAAUUACACAAGUGUAACACAUUUAUACCCUAAAAAGACAAAGUGUAAGUACAAAAGUGUAACACACUUAUGCACUUAAAGACUAAGGGUAAGUACACAAAUGUACCACACUUAUGCACUUAAAUACUAAGUGUAAGUACACAAGUGUAACACACUUAUGCACUUAAAGACUAAGUGUAAGUACACAAGUGUAACACACCUAUGCACCUAAAAGCCAGUGUAAGUACACAAGUGUAACACACCUAUGCACUUAAAGACCAAGUAUAAGUACACAAGUUUAACGCACUUAUUCACUAAAAAGACUGAGUAAGUACACAAGUGUAACACACGUAUGCACUAAAAAGACAAAGUGUGCGUACACAAGUGUAACACACUUAUGCUCCUAAAAGACUAAUUGUAAGUACCCAACUCUUAAAAGACUAAGUAUAAGUACAAAAGUCUAGCACACUUAUACACAAAGACGACAAAGUGUAAGAACUCAAGUGUAACAGACUAAGGAUAAUUACACAAGUGUAACACAUUUAUACCCUAAAAAGACAAAGUGUAAGUACAAAAGUGUAACACACUUAUGCACUUAAAGACUAAGGGUAAGUACACAAAUGUACCACACUUAUGCACUUAAAUACUAAGUGUAAGUACACAAGUGUAACACACUUAUGCACUUAAAGACUAAGUGUAAGUACACAAGUGUAACACACCUAUGCACCAAAAAGCCAGUGUAAGUACACAAGUGUAACACACCUAUGCACUUAAAGACCAAGUAUAAGUACACAAGUUUAACGCACUUAUUCACUAAAAAGACUGAGUAAGUACACAAGUGUAACACACGUAUGCACUAAAAAGACAAAGUGUGCGUACACAAGUGUAACACACUUAUGCUCCUAAAAGACUAAGUGUAAGUAUACAGCUCUUAAGAAUAAGUGUAAGUACACGAGUCUAACACACUUAUACACUAAAAUGACAAAGUGUAAGUACUCAAGUGUAACGCACUUAUGCAUUUAAAGAAUAAGGGUAAGUACACAAGUGUAACACAUUUAUACACUAAAAACAAAGUGUAAGUACACAAGUGUAACACACUUUUGCACUUAAAGACUAAGUGUGCAUACACUAGUGUAACACACUUAUGCACUUAAGGACUAAGGGUAAGUACACAAGUUUAACACAAGUAUGCACUAAAUAGCCAGUGUAAGUACACAAGUGUAACACACCUAUGCACUUAAAGACUAAGUGUAAGUACACAAGUGUAACACACAAAUGCACUAAAAAGACUGUGUAAGUACACAAGUGCACUGAUUGAGCGAUAGAACAAGCCAGCUCUGUUCCAAAUGAAAGAUAAAAGCGCAACUUAACUACACGUCAUGAAUAAUUAAUUGAUAGACAAAUCACAUUCUAUGCACUUAAGCUUGUAUUUAAAACACAACAAAAGCACGUUGUUCUAUUAAGUGGAACUAUCUUCGCUGGCUUGGUCGUCAUGAAGUACACUCGGUCAAUGCUCCAAGCUGACUGUGUUACAGUAUGCAUAAAUCAUCAUCAUGACAACUCUUCGCUCAGCUUGGGUUCUUGGCAGGAACAAAGUAUGUUGUUGGUGAAUUGUACACAAUGAACUCUCACUAUAAAAUAUGAAUUAAGCCGACAAUGAUGCCAGCUUUUGUAAAUGUUCCACUUCCUGUUUGUGUGCUAAACUUUUGUCCACCUUGUUGGAUAAAGUCCCGCAUUAUUACGUGAUCUGUGUUUCUUUUCUUGCUAGCGACAUUCCGAGAGUAUGUAGGCUGUGAUUUACAGGCGUGUUAUUAUUAUUUGUGGACCUUCACGAAGUGAUGCAUUGUGGAUUAUCCAGGCAGAUCUUUUCUAUGUUUCUUUGUUGUAGACGAGUGUGUUUGGCAGAUGUUGUUUGGAUGCAUUUUUUUUUAUAAAUAAACAUCCUCGUUGGUUCCCAACUGAA